AUGAUGAAUCAUAUCAUCGUCUUCCUACUAGCGCUCGGAAGAAUCCUACCGGUCGUCGCCCAAGAACUUCCAACCACAAACUGGCCCGCGCCUGAUCAUGGUAGUUUCGUAAUCUCAGACUUUGCCUUCGACUCUGGAGAGAUCCUUGAUGAGCUUGAAAUUCACUAUCAGACACUGGGCGAAUUUAAAGUUCAUCCAGAUGGAACCAACAACGCGGUCCUCAUCCUGCACGGUUCCACAGAAUCAAGCGAGCAGUUCUUCAACGACGAAUUUGCGGGUGUGCUAUUCAAUCCUGGCCAGGUUCUAGACGCGCAAAAGUACUUCAUUGUGCUUCCUGACGGCAUCGGACACGGAAACUCAAGUAAACCCAGCAACACUGGGCUCCGUGCCAGAUUUCCAAGCUAUCAGUAUGCCGACAUGAUCCGCGCAGAUCAUCGCCUUCUCACAGAACACCUUAAAAUCUACCACAUAAGGCUGAUACUAGGUGUUUCUAUGGGCGGUAUGCACGCAUGGAUGAUGGGAGAAUUGUAUCCAAGCUUCAUGGAUGCGUUAAUGCCCAUUGCUUGCCUACCAGUACAAAUUGCUGGCCAUAAUCGACUUUGGAGGAAGCUUAUCAUUGAACUAAUCAGUUCGGAUCCAGCAUGGGAUGAAGGCGACUACGGAAACCAACCAAUCGUGAGCCUUACAGGUGCUUUAUUCCUAGCACAGACCAUGCUGGCUGCGCCUGUCUCUUUCAUAGCCCAGCAUCGCACACGAGAUGCAACGGAUGAAUUUGUAGACAAGCUCCUACCUCACGUGUCAGAUUACGAUGCCAACGAUUUCCUUUACGCGUAG